CUUUGUCUCAGACUCUCAUCUCGGCCCGCUGCUCGCGCGCUGUGCGCCAACAUGGGAAAGAGUGCGAAGUUGCACAAACGAACUCAGAAAAAGACUGCUAAAACCGCAUCAAAUCCUGGCGCUACAGUCGUCAAUAAGCCCCAUGCUCAAGCGCAGACAGCGAAGAAAAAGGCCGUCUUAAAGCAAGGCCAGAAGUCCAAGGCAUCCACGAGUCACGUUCUGGGCGGGGCAGACUACGUCGAUCUCAUGAUGGGUAGUCGUAAACGCGCUCGUGAAGAGGCAGCCAGAUUACCCCAAGACACUGAGUAG